AUGGCUUCCAAGCUUUUCUAUCCCAAAACAUUUUCAGUACUUUUAAUUCUCCUUCCCUUGUUAAUUACCACCCUGCAGCUAUCUUUUGCAGAUAGCUCUGAUCCGACUGUUGCCGCCUCACCCGAAACCAUUUGCAAGUCCACCCAGGAUCCUUCUUAUUGCAAAUCCGUGCUCCCUAACCGCAAUGCCAGUGUCUUCGACUAUGGUCGAUCUGUGAUUUUAAAAUCAUUAUUGCAAGCACGUAAAUUUUCAAACACUGUGGAUACGUAUCUUCAACGUAGAUCCUCUUUGUCCGUAACCACAGUACGUGCCCUUGAAGAUUGCCAGCUGCUCGCAGGAUUAAACGUGGAUUGCCUUCAAGCUUCCUAUGAAACUGUCAAUAAAACCAGUGUUGCUCUCCCUAGUUCCGAAGUGGAUGAUGUUCAAACCAUGCUUAGUGCAGUUUUGACAAACCAGCAAACUUGUUUGGAUGGCGUAGAAACCACGGCUUCAGAUUCAAGCAUAAAGAAUGGUCUUCCAGGGCAACUCCUGAAUGACACUAAGCUCCAUGGCAUCUCUCUGACCUUGUUCAGCAAGGGUUGGGUUCCUAUCAAGAUGAGAAGCUCGCAGCCAAAGAGGAAACAUCCUAAGUUCAGAAAUGGGCGCUUACCCUUAAAGAUGUCUAGCCAGAAACGAGCAAUUUAUGAAUCAGCGAGACGGAGAAAGCUUCUUCAGACAAGUGAUGAGGUAGCUGUUACGGUUUAUGACAUUGUGGUAGUGAGCAAGGAUGGAAGCGGGAAUUUCACCAACAUUACCUCUGCCAUUACUGCUGCUCCAAACAACCUUAACGCCUCUAAUGGAUACUUUUUGAUCUAUGUCACGGCCGAUGUUUACGAAGAGUAUGUGUCCAUUCCGAAGGGCAAGAGGUAUUUGUUGAUGAUUGGAGAUGGCAUCAACCAGACUAUUAUCACAGGAAACCGAAGCGUUGACGAUGGGUACACGACAUUCAAUUCCGCAACAUUUGCCGUGGUUGCACCAGGGUUCGUGGCCGUGAAUAUAACUUUCCGCAACACUGCUGGGGCAAUCAAGCACCAGGCGGUUGCACUACGAAGUGGAGCAGAUAUGUCAACAUUUUAUAGCUGCAGCUUUGAAGGAUACCAGGACACAUUGUACACGCAUUCUUUUAGACAAUUCUACAGGGAAUGUGAUAUCUACGGGACGGUUGACUUCAUAUUUGGAAACGCUGCAGUUGUUCUCCAAAACUGCAACAUAUAUCCUCGCCUUCCAUUGUCAGGACAAUUUAAUGCCAUCACUGCUCAAGGUAGAACAGACCCAAAUCAAAACACAGGCACUUCAAUCCAUAAUGCUACAAUUAAAGCAGCCGAUGAUUUGGCUGCAAGUGGUGGAACUUCUACUCAAACUUACCUAGGGAGGCCAUGGAAGCAGUACUCUAGGACGGUUUUCAUGCAAUCUUUCAUGGACAGUUUGAUAAAUCCUGCUGGCUGGCAUGAAUGGAGUGGAACUUUUGCACUGAACACGUUGUAUUAUGCGGAGUAUAAUAAUACGGGACCUGGAUCAGACACUACGAAUAGAGUGACUUGGGAUGGUUACCAUGUCAUCGACGCCACUGAUGCUGCUAACUUUGCUGUGUCUACCUUCUUACAGGCUGAUGAUUGGCUGCCUCAAACAGGAGUGCCUUACACCGAUGGCUUAAUAUGA